AAAAUAAAAGAUGGCGGCGUGUCGGGAAACGUCGCUGUCCAACAUUCUCGUGGAAGAGUUUGAAAAAUGGCGAGAGGAGACACAGGACGACUCGAUUUUCCUUCUCGAGGCUGGUAUGGAUGAGGAUGAGUCUGGAGUGAUGAACUUGUUGCUGGGUGGAGAACACGAGUUCAGGCUGCGAUGCCCUCCAGGCUAUCCUCAGCAUGAAGAGAACUUCUUUGUGGAGUCCCACUCUUCAGUCAGGAUGUGGUGCAAUGCUUUGAAUGAGUAUCUACUGGAUGCCCCAGUGAGACUGACUCUGUCCAAUGUACUGAACAAGGCAUCUUCCCUUCACCACUCAGAUAGAAAUGAGCUGUCAUCAUCAGAUGUGGAGAUGGAUAUGUCAGAGGACGAAGAUGAAGAGAUAGAAGAAGAGCAGGAGGAGAGUCACGAGGAGACCAUGCUGUCAGAUGACGAUUCUACAUUUACAACAGAGUGGGAACUGGCUAUUGCCAGGAAAAAGAAACGUUGGACUCAGAGGGAAGCUGAGAUCAGAGAACAGCUGAAGAGAGCCAAGGCCACAGGUCCAACCACUACAGAACUGGGUGCAAUACAAGCUUCUGGCCAGGACAAGGAGCAAGCUAAGCAGAUUUUCACCAGCAAUGCAGCAUUUGGCAUCCUCGCUAAUGACCUGGUCAAAAUCCUGGAAGCAGAGAAGGAGCUUGGUUUCUCUGCUGAGCCCAUAGACGACAACAUUUACCAGUGGUGCGUCAAACUGUACAACUUUGCCGAGAACAGUACAAUAUCACGAGACCUCGCUGUGAUUCAGGACAGGUUUGGCUACAGCUACAUUCAGCUUCAGUUGGACUUUGCCAUCGACCUGUAUCCAUUCUACCCACCACUCGUGAAAGUCAUCAGACCAAGACUACAGGAUGCCAUGAUGCAGAGAGUCACCAAUAUGGAAAUGUUGAAACUCUCUUACUGGGAUCCUGCCAAAGACAUGAAGACUGUACUGUUGGAAAUGAAGGACAUGUUGCAGAGAUGGGCCAGGAUUGAUGUGGAUAGCCCCAGGAAUGACUCGGUGAGGUACCCCAACGGCUCGUAUGUCGACAUUGAGCACCACCUACUCAGACUGGCUCUGGUGAGUGAAGUCAACCCACGUGCUAACACCAGGUAUGCCAUAGAGAUCACCAAGCCAGCAUCUAAAGCCAUCAGGCAGUCAUCAGGCUUUGGAGUCCCGGCUACCUCUGGGAAGAAGGAGAAGCAGUACUGGAAACCAGGGACCGGGUACGGCCAUGGCAACGUGUCCAGACCUGGGCAGAUGGGCUGGGAUGUCAAUGCCUACAUCGCAGCCCAGAAAGAGAAAGACAAACAGAUUGAAGCAGUGUUGGAAAAGAUUCACCAGGAGUUGAGGAAACUUUUUGUGGAGCACUGUCCUUACAUCCACUCCACCAAGAGCACCGCUGUCCCAGCCAUUCCACUGAGAGAAGGCCCAGGGGUCGUCGACCUCAACAGCACCUGCAGCAGCUCCACAGGGAGCGUGAAGACUGAAUGUAACAGCUUUCCCAACGAGUCGGCCAUCGCCACCGCAUCUUCCUCGUCCGCGUCGAGCGCAAACGCCAGCCCCAAGUCCUGCAAACCGUUCUGCCCUAUUUCCAUGGUGUGUAAGCCGUCGUGUAGCCAGUCCAUCUGUGAACAGUUGUGCACGGUGACGGACCCCUGCUGUUCCAGCUCCCCCGCGGGGGGGACCGGUAAGAAGAAGUGCACCAGGAGCGACGCCGUAACAAAAAGUUGCAAUGCUGCGGGAGAGGCGAGCACGUCCCAGCUGCACAGAAACAUUGGCGCUGCCGCCGCGGACUCCUCUACAAGUGCCAGUACCCCAUGCACGCCCUCCACUUCGGCAGAGACUUGUAAGGUCAAACAGGACUACAUGGCCAGUUCCAGCGGGGUGUCCAGUGGCACGGACGUCUCUCUACAGAACUAUGAAGACAGACUGCUGGCCUGGGGAAACCUGCUGGUGGAAAACGGAGCGAUUGACCCCAUAACGGACAUGUUUGUUAUCCUGGAGGGAUCAGCCCUGGUGCCUUUUAUAGAGACCCAUUUAAAAGCAGACUCUUUCCUGGAGAUUGGGAGACAUGUGGCGGUCUACAAGGGUAUAGUUGACAUCAUCAGAGAAAUAGCGUGCAUCCCCCAGCUGGUGAAGCUGCUGUGUGCCUUACCAGAUCAGGACAAGUCAGUCUACAUGCUGUUGGAGGGGCUGGAACAGAAGGCCAGGACCAUGCUGCAGCACAUGCACAAGGCAGCUAACGGCAGCAUCCCCAAGAAGCCGGAGAAGGUGGAACCAGAGCCCAUGCAGCCCUUUAAGUAUGUGCCCCUGCCUAUAGGGGAGUUCUACCCCUGGGACAACCAGUAUAUGAUAGCCAUAGAACAAAGCAAGCCACUGGACAUCUCGCACAUGUCCUCUGUGGUGGAAAAGACAGCCGAGGAAAAGCUAGCUAGGGAGUUCAUCAUCCUGUACCGUCAGGUGGCUGACGCGGUCCGGAGGCACGGGGAGGCGCAGCAGGCGCGGGACGCUGCAGCCGCGGCGCAGGCCUCGGCACAGGAGGCGCAGGUGGAAUGUACACCUGACAUCACCGCAGCAGCCUCCUGUAGUACUUCUGCAGUAGCCAAGUCUCCCGAGAAAAUUACAACAUCCAUGGAGGAGACAUACAAGAAAGACCUCAAAGAAAUGCAGUUUGACAACUUUGAGUUUCCAUUGGAAGGGUCAUCAGCUCACCACUACUCAACCCUCUAUAACAAGUUCACCAAACCUAUUCAUGCUCAGAUUGUAAGAAUAGCCCAGGAGUUUUCGUCACUGUCAUCAUCCCUACCACUAGAACUAUCAUCGUCCAUCUUUGUCCGAGUGGAUGACGAGAAAAUGAACCUAAUGCAAGCCCUGAUCACAGGGCCAGAGGGAACACCAUACAGUGGUGGGUGCUACCAGUUCGACAUCUUCUUUCCACCAAACUACCCCAAAGUUCCACCACAGGUAAACCUUCAGACAACAGGUGGUGGGACAGUGAGAUUCAACCCUAACUUAUACAGCUGUGGUAAGGUUUGCCUGUCCCUACUGGGUACAUGGGAGGGGCAGCAGGGAGAGCAGUGGAACGAGACAUCCUCGGUUCUACAGGUGCUGGUGUCCAUCCAGUCCCUGAUCCUGGUUCCAGAACCGUUCUUCAAUGAGCCAGGCUACGAGCAGGAGAUAGGUACAGACACAGGGAAGAGGCACAGCAGGGAAUACAACGCAGAUGUACGAGUGAACAACAUCAAGCACGCCAUCAUCUCCCAGAUACAGAAGCCUCCUCCAGCCUUCGAGAACGUCAUCAAAACUCACUUCUUCAUCAAGAAGGAAUGGCUGAUGAAGGAGUUUGAAGACGUGUUAAAGGAAAGCCCCAAGGAUAAGAAGCUGUCCCGAGCACUCCAGGAUCUCAAGUCAGAGUUCAAGAAACUACAGAAGCCUCAGGUGGCAUAAGAUCCUGACUCCAAGGAACCAGAGAACAUCUAUGGGAGCCCUCCCAACCCUCAUGCAUUGUCUUUUCUACCUGUACCAAUAGCUGACCAACAGCAGAGUGGGCAUCUCUGAAAGUCAUGUGAAAUUCAGUAUUUUUCUAAGAGGACUAUACACUUUCUGCUUACCACCACAUCCCUUGCUACAGAUUAAAAGAAGUGCAAUAUUCAUUAUACUUUCCCUCUUGAGAUAUGAGCAAUAUAUUUUGACCCCAUUUCCAAUAGACUUAUCAGCAAAAGUGAGCGAUGUUCCACAUUUAGUUAACAUCUCUAAGUUCCAAAAAUGGCAAUAGAUUUGUGUUUAGUUUAUUGCAACAUAAGCGUGUAUUGCUAUGUUGCCUCUUUCGUAGUCAUUUUUGUAGGCAUUCCUCCUAACACACAUCGAAAUGUUUUUUGGCCCUUUCAGCAUCUCUCCAAAAGUAAGAGCACAUGUACAGUUAUGUGACAGUAAAUUUCAGUGCUGCAAUCAUACGAAAUAGCCAUCUUGGAAACAUACCCAAUUUCUCACUAUAGUCACAAGUCCUUCUGCUUUCAGUGCUCUACUGGAGAAAGCUUUACAGACCAACAGAUGUAAUAUUUUUACCAAUCGUCCAGGAAAACCUGUAUAUGCUGGUUGAACUACAGUGGCUGCGGCAUAGUGGCAGAGGCACAAUAAAAUUGUGAAUAUUUUUCAACGUGGGUUGAUAAAACUGUAGUGUUGAAGAUUAGUGUUGUAACGGUCAUACAAGAGCUGUGAAUAUGACGAAGAGUAUUGCUAUAAUAAUAACUGUUCUUUUUUCAAGAAAUAACUUGUUACAUGUAACUGUGUUGGCAUACUGUUGGUGACUUGAACCAUUGUCUGAAGGUAUUUGUGGAAAGCCAUGGAAAGUUCUUGUUGUCAAGAAAAUCAGUGUGAAAAAAAGUGACAAAAGCCAAAUAUUCCUUAAGGCAGUUAGAAGAGUAAAUAUGUAGCCUUGAUGUAACAAAAGAGUAUUUAAGUUUCGUUAGUCAACAUUUCUAAAUGUUUCCUGAAAUAAUCUUGCCAGACAUUUUUUCAUGCAGUUGGGUGCUGUUAGCCUGGUUACCAAACUCAUUUCAGCUGCUGAGUCUCUUUUGCGUUUUGGACAGGACAUAAGAGACUGGGAAGCUAAAAUAGGUCUGGUAACCAGGCUAGGGCACUGCUGAAAAGCAGUCGUAUCAACCCAUAUUUCAUGGAUGAAGGGUAGACAACCAGGUUAAGUAUUACAUGUAAUAAAAAAUGAACCAAGGAACUGGAUAAAUUGUCAGAAAUUUCAAAUAGCACCAGUCAAAUUCCAUCAGUGACUGAAAAUGGUUGACAACGAAAGAUUUUGAAUGCUACUCUGAAAUGUCUGACUCAUCAGAGUUUAUCUGUUCUAUCGAUUUAUUUUGUAUUACCAUAAUUUUGUCAUUCCUUUAUGUUGCUUAUCACAGUUCCAGCUUUACACAAUCUAAAAGCAAUCUAACAUGUAGUUUUGUACACAUGCAAGAAACAAAUGACAGUGCUACCUAGGCCUAACCCAUCGAAAAUACAAAACUGUUGAGGUUUCUGUUACAGCCAGUAUGUACUGAAGAGCAAAGAAAUAGAGAAAAAAAAACUACCAGCUUGUGUAAUAAAUGUAUUCCAAGACCUCUAUUAAAGGUACAGCACUUUGAGAUAGCUGAAGUGAAAGGCAU